GGGAUUAGUGUCAUUCAAGGAUGUGGCUGUGGAUUUCACCAAGGAAGAGUGGCAGCAGCUGGACUUUACUCAGAGGAGCCUAUACAGGGAUGUGAUGCUGGAGAACUACAGCCACCUGGUCUCAAUGGGGUAUCCAGUUUCUAAACCAGAUGUCAUCUCCAAGUUGGAACAAGGAGAAGAUCCAUCUAUCAUAAAGAGAGACCUACCAAACUGGAUCUAUACAGAUGGAAAUCACACAGAUGAGAGACAAGGGAAGAAGAAUAACCUUCAUAAUUCCCAAUCAUGGAUUUUAGGGACUGUUUCCUUCCACAAUAAGAUACUGAAAGUUGUCUCAAAGGACGGCUCAUUUUACUCCAUUUUAAAAGGCUGUCAAGGUGAUGGCCAGAUGGAGAAAAGUCAGGAAAAUCAAGAAAAACUUUUCAGGCAAGUCACAUUUGUCAAGAGCAAAACAGUGACUGAGUCAUCAAGCCAUAAAUAUAAUGCAUUAGAAAGAAGACUUCAGGAGUACAUAGAUCCAGAUAUAUCAAAACAAAGACUCCAUAAAUAUAAUGCCUUUAAAAAGAACUUAAAAUUUAAUAUUGACACACCUACUUGUAAUAAGAGUAAUUCAAGAAGAAACCUCGAUGAGUGUUUUGGUUGUGGAAGAUCAUCUGGCCACAGUGGGUCCAAUUGUAAUCUUGAGAAAAUUCCCAGUGGAGUAAUGGUUUAUAAUGAUAACCAAUGUAGUAACAUCUUUAGCAAUAAACAGCCUCUUAUUCAAUAUCAGAAUUGUGAAGCUAGGGAAAAAACCUGUGCCUGUAUAACAUGUGGCAAGGCUUUUGCUAAAAAGUCACAGCUCAUUGUGCAUCAAAGAAUUCAUACUGGAAAGAAACCAUAUGAUUGUGGCGCAUGUGGAAAAGCCUUCAGUGAGAAGUUUCAUCUCAUUGUGCAUCAGAGGACUCAUACUGGGGAGAAACCUUAUGAGUGUUCUCAAUGUGGAAAAGCCUUCUCUCAGAAAUCAUCUCUCAUUAUACAUCAAAGAAUUCACACUGGGGAAAAACCUUAUGAAUGUAGAGAAUGUGGGAAAUCCUUCUCCCAGAAGUCACCCCUUAUUAUUCAUCAGAGAAUUCACACUGGAGAGAAGCCGUAUGAAUGUAGAGAGUGUGGGAAGGCCUUCUCGCAGAAGUCACAACUUAUUAUACAUCAUAGAGCUCAUACUGGAGAAAAACCAUAUGAGUGUACUGAAUGUGGGAAAGCCUUCUGUGAGAAGUCUCACCUUAUUAUACAUAAAAGAAUCCACACAGGUGAAAAGCCCUACAAAUGUGCUCAAUGUGAAGAGGCCUUCAGCAGGAAGACAGAACUCAUUACACAUCAGUUAACUCAUACUGGGGAAAAACCAUAUGAAUGCACUGAGUGUGGGAAGACAUUCUCCCGGAAAUCACAACUCAUCAUACAUCAGAGAACACACACUGGAGAGAAACCCUAUAAAUGCAAUGAAUGUGGCAAAGCCUUCUGUCAGAAAUCACAUCUCAUUGGGCAUCAGAGAGUUCACACAGGAGAAAAGCCCUAUGUAUGUAGGGAAUGUGGGAAAGCCUUCUCUCAGAAGUCUCACCUCCCAGGGCAUCAGCGAAUUCAUACAGGAGAGAAACCUUACGUAUGUGCUGAAUGUGGAAAGGCCUUUUCCCAGAAGUCAGACCUUGUUUUACAUCAGAGAAUCCACACUGGAGAGAGACCCUAUCGAUGUGCUGUAUGUGGAAAAGCCUUCAUUCAGAAAUCGCAACUUACUGUACACCAGAGAAUUCAUACAGUGGUAAAGUAAUAAUGAACUGACUGUGAAAAAGCCUUCAGUAUUACUCAAACCUUAAUAAUUACCAAAAACUU